UACCUAAAAAAACCCCGCUUCAAAACACAAUGAAACCAGCGCUUGUAGCCGACGAAAUGUUUCCUGAAGGGGCUGGACCGUACAUGGAUUUCGAUGAGGCUGGAGGCUCUGCUUCAUUGUUGAUUGAUCUCACAGCGAACGAAAAGGCGGUACAUGCAGAAUUUUUCAACGAUUUUGGGGAUUUGUUCGACGAUGAUGAUCUGGAUUAGCUGGUGGGACGAAAACUGGUGAAUAAAUCCAUUUUAACUGCAAAUUUAUUACCGAAAAGGCUCUUAUGUUGUAAGGUAUUUUAACGCAAAUCCUGUCUGUUCCUAUGUUACCAAAACAUUAUUUCUUUUAAAUCACAAUCACAGUUCGAAAGUGCAUUUUUGUUCAACCAUUAACAAUAAAAUGGCGCCCCUAAUUGAUUCCAAA